AUGAGUCGAGGUAAAGUCGUUCUCGCCUACUCUGGUGGUUUAGACACUAGUUGUAUUCUAAGAUGGCUAUUGGACCAGAACUACGAAGUCAUUUGUUACAUGGCCAACAUGGGCCAAGACGAAGAUUUCGAGGCGGCGAGGCAAAAAGCCGAGCAAAUUGGAGCAUCAAAGGUUGUGAUUGAGGAUUUGAGGGAAAUUUUCGUCAAAGAGUACGUCUGGCCGGCCAUUCAAGCCGGGCUAUUGUACGAAUCUAGAUACCUUCUUGGUACUUCUUUAGCGCGACCCUGUAUAUCAGUGGGUUUGAUCAAUGCAGCGAAAAAAUACAACGCCCUGUAUAUCUCACAUGGGGCUACUGGGAAGGGCAAUGAUCAAGUCAGGUUCGAAUUAUCCUGUUAUUCGCUAUGGCCGGAUGUGAAAAUAAUCGCGCCUUGGAGGAUCAAAGAAUUCACGACGAGGUUCCAAGGCCGACUAGAUUUAAUCAAGUAUGCGUCCUUGAACAAUAUCCCGGUCCCGGUGACUCCCAAGGCUCCAUGGAGCAUGGAUGCCAACCUAAUGCAUAUUAGUUACGAAUCAGGGAUUUUGGAAAACCCUAACAAUGAGCCACCUCAUGACCUUUUCCAUAUGACUCAAGACUUGACAAAGGCCCCAAACGAGGCCUUUAAACUGUCAAUUGAAUUCUGUCAAGGUCUCCCCAUCAAGGUCAUCACUCAAGAUGCCCAAGUCUUUGACAAACCUUUAGAAAUGUUCACUUAUUUGAAUCAAAUCGGGGGAAAACACGGUAUUGGCCGGAUUGACAUUGUCGAGAAUCGUUUCAUUGGUCUAAAGUCACGUGGGGUGUAUGAAACGCCCGCUGGACAUAUUUUACACGUGGCACACACCGAUUUGGAGGUUUUUUGUCUCGAUAAGGAAGUAUACAGAGUGAAGCAAAAUUUAAGAGAGAAAUUGUCGGAUUUUGUAUAUAAUGGGUUUUGGUUCUCACCAGAGGGUUCCUAUGUAAGGAAAUGUAUCGCAUUGGCUGAGGAAACUGUCACGGGAAAAGUCAAUAUGGAGAUUUAUAAGGGAAAUGUUGUGGUUUUGGGACGUUGGUCACCAGUUUCGCUCUAUAAUGAGGAACUGGUUUCGAUGGAUAAACAUUCGGAAUUUUCACCAAGUGACGCCACUGGGUUUAUUAAUAUUCAAGCGAUUAGGUUGAAGGAGUAUCACAGGUUUCAGAAACAACAAAAGGUUGAUUUUUCGUGACCAACGAGGGAAACAAAUUUUUCUGUUUUCAACAAAAUUAUAUAAAAAUUGAUAUUUUAGUAAAUUUUAUGGAAUUACUUACAUAUAAAAAGUGGCAAAAAAAAUCUGAAAAUACAUAUUUUUUACAUGA